AUGGCGGUUUCGACGAGCGCAGCGGUGGACACGAGCGCCUUCAGCAGCGUCCCCACGGGAUCCUCCGGCGACAAGGCGGUGGAGGGAGUGCUGGCGUCGCAGCAGGGCACGUCGCAGAUCGGCUCGCUCUCGCAGCUCGCCGCCGGCGGCAUCGCGGGAGCGGUGAGCAAGACGUGCACAGCUCCCCUCGCGCGCCUCACCAUUCUCUUCCAGAUACGGGGGAUGACAACGGACAAGAUUUUGACCAAGCCGAGCAUCCUCAGAGAGGCUGCGAGGAUAUUGCGCGAAGAAGGGGGCUUGGCUUUCUGGAAGGGAAAUGGUGUCACGAUUGUUCAUCGCCUUCCAUACUCCGCGAUUAAUUUCUACUCGUAUGAGCAGUACAAGGCGGCACUGCUCAAAUGGCUUGGAGUAGAAAGCAGUGGAGAUGACAACUCCGGAGCUCGAUUGCUUGCUCGUUUCGUCGCCGGUGGUGGAGCUGGAAUCACUGCUGCUGCGACAACGUACCCUUUGGAUCUCGUUCGAACGAGACUAGCAGCCCAGACGACCUCAAAGCACUACACGGGCAUCUACCACGCGAUUUCCACAAUCCAUCAGCAGGAGAGCUUUCUUGGCCUUUAUAAGGGACUCUGGCCGACGCUUUUGUCCGUAGGCCCAACGAUUGCGAUAAACUUCUGCGUGUAUGAAACUCUCUACAACUACUGGAACGCUCAGAGGCCCGAGUCGUCCAGGAUGGUGACGAGCUUGAUCUCCGGUGGAGUAGCAGGAAUUGCUGCCUCAACAGCGGUGUUUCCGAUCGAUUUGGUAAAGAGAAGGAUGCAACUCGAGGGCGAUCGGAGAUGGACGCCGGCUUACAAGCCUGGGAUUGUGAGCGCGCUGAGGCACAUUGUUCGCACCCAAGGCUACGCUGGGUUGUACAGGGGUAUUUUGCCCGAGUACCUCAAGGUUUUUCCGGGCGUGGGGAUUGCCUUCAUGGUGUAUGAAGUGAUGAAGAACAUUAGCGUCGCGAGGGAGAAGAGGUGAAUGUAAAUGGCCCGAUUCAUUUCAGCCGUCAGAUAUUCUUGAAUCGACGGCCUGCUAGCAAAUAUUUAGGGUUCUUGCGAUGGA